AUGCUGCACUUAGUUGGUCCAUUUGUACGAAAGACGAGUCAGGCAAACAGACGUGCAAAGAUCGAGUCCCGAGAGGUAUCCGGAUCGCGAUUGCUAUUACUUGUCGUAAUUCUGGUAUUGGUCCUGCUUGCCACGCUCGUGAUAUGUGUCAUUCGAAAUAGAAGAAGAUCGGAGGCUUCGGAGAGGGAAUAUAAUGUCGAAGCUAGUCAAGUAGAUGGCCCUCCUACUAUAAUUGCGACGGAGUACAAUCCCACCUCCGGUCCUUCCAGAGUGUACAGCGGAAACAAGAGUCCCUACUCUGGAGGUGCGGACGGCCGCAUGAGCCCUCAGCCCCCGAUGAGCGGGCCCAUGUACCCUGCGACAGCUCAACACUACAGCAAUUAUAAACCGCACAGCAUCAAUCAAAACCACACUGCUCCCCAUUCACAGGUUACUUUCCCAGACGCCUAUCCCUUUACGGGCUACUCGAAUUCCAUGGGACCACCGAAAACUGCCUUCGUCAGUGGCGGAUUCCCUAGACCACUCCUAGCUGGCGACAGGCUCAAGGACAGAAUUAAGGAGCGCCCCGCUUCCAUUUCGUCACUGACUACAACCGUGCCAGCUCCGGCUUAUAGGGCUUGA